GUUCUAUAAACCAAGAAUAAGUGGUUUGGGGCCUGUUAGCAGAAUCAGCUGUGUUGUGUCUUCUUAUCUGAGUGUUUGUGUUUCUGCAGCAACAAUGUCUUCAUCUCAGUCUCUGAGAGAGUUUAUCAGGGAGCGACUGACCGCUGCUGCUGAAGAAAUAUUCUCAGAGUUUGAUAAAACCAUCGUCCACUACGAGGAAGAGCUGGAUCGUCAGCGCAGACUGCUGGAAAUCUGCUACAAACCCCAGAUAAACCUGCAGAGAAUAGAUCUCUCACAGCUUUAUUUUUGGAAAAAGGAGGGAUAUCUCACUGCAGACCCGCAGUUCUGCUACCAGGACAGGAACUCCAGUUUAGACCAAGAGGAACUAGAACCCCAGCAUAAGAAAGAGGGACUGGAUGAACCAGAAACUCCCCAGAUAAAAGAGGAACAAGAAGAAAUAGAACCUCCACAUAUAAAAGAUGAACAGGAGGAAGUCUGUAUCAGCCUGGAGAAAGAGGAGCUUCAACUGAAGGAGGAGACUUACACCUUUACAAUAAAUCCUGCUUAUGAAGAAACAGACAAUAAGGAACCAGAAACAAACAAUGGCCAAAACCUCAUUCAGAUAUCUUCUGAACUUGAGAACCAAAACCAGGAAAGGAGCAACAAUGAAGAUUCAGAAUUAAAUAGACAUGAAGAAAUAAAGCAAAAUAAGCGGCCUGAGAAAGUCAGAGGUCACAAUGGCAAUGUAGACCAUACAAAAGUUAAAAGACAGAAGAAAGCACACCCGAAUAAGAAUCUCUGUUCCUGUAAGGUUUGCGGUAAAUUCUUUGCUCAGAGUAAUUUGACUAAACAUGUGAGAACGCACACAGGUGAAAAGCCAUUUUCCUGUUUGACCUGUGGAAAGAGAUUUGGUCAAAGAUAUCAUUUGAAUGUUCAUAUGAGAACUCACACCGGUGAGAGGCCUUUCUCCUGUUUGACUUGUGGAAAAAGUUUUACCAUGAGAAUUGCGUUGACCCGUCACGUGAGAACUCACACUGGUGAAAAGCCAUUUUCAUGUGUGACCUGUGGAAAACCUUUUGGUCAAAGAACUCAUUUGACUGUUCAUAUGAGAACUCACACCGGCGAGAAGCCUUUCUCGUGCUUGACUUGUGGAAAAAGUUUUACCCUGCAAAUUUCACUGACCCGUCACAUGAGGAGUCACACAGGAGAGAAGCCUUUGUCAUGUGUGACCUGUGGAAGAAAUUUCAGCGACAGAGGAAAUUUAUCUCGACACAUGAAAACUCACACACGUUAGGGGUUACAUUUCUGUAAAGUCGGUGGUUCUCUCAAAGUGGACUGAUGAAAAACCAGCUGAAACUCGCCAAGGUGAGCAGGUGUAAUCUUGUAAAUGGGAUAUUCUUCAGCGGUGGGAACAAUUUGGGCUCAGCUGUUCAUCAAUGAAUUGUAAACUUGAAAGCAUUGAUUUGCUUGUAAAGUAUAAUUACAAUAAAUAUUUGUGUCAA